ACACCCUACAGCUGAUACAAUGGUAUAUUCCAUAAGGUAGGGUAAUGAAAGAGCUGUAGCUAAGUGAAAGAGAUCAACCCUGUGACAGUGAAGAAACUUGACUUUUUAAUAACACAUAUUGGUUAGAGGUAUGUAUAUAUUAGAAAUCUGCAUUUAACCUUGUUAACAUGUUUUUGUAGACCAUGAUACUGUACUGUAGCGUGUUGCCAGUAUAAAUGUAUUAAAGUCGCAGCUAGCUAGCUAACGUUAGGUAGCUACCCCAAAUCGGUCGCUAGCUGGAAGUGCCUAGCUCUAACUGGAUCUCAAAGCUAGCAGCUAGCGACUGUACCUAGCUAGCUAUUUUGGUGCUUCUUCCUAGCUACAUGGUUAGUUAGUCAAUUUAAGACAUUGUUCGAUAAAAAUAUGACUGUUCGUGUCUUCAAUGAGUAGCUAACUAAGCGAAAUAGCUAUGUCUGUAACAUGUAGCGACAUUCUCCGAAAGUGACAAGCUAGCUUGAAUGACGAAUGGAAUGGAUAGCUGCAAGCUAGCUAGCCAGGCCUAAAAAAAAAAAAAAGUAUUGCGGGAUAUCUAACGUGAACAUUAUACUCCCCUUGCUACCUGUGACAGUUCAACUAAUGUCACGAAUGACUGAAUAUUGUUAGCAAAUAUUAUUGCUGACUUAGUUAGCUAUCAACGUUGGGUAACAUGAUGACUGAUUAUUCUGGCGAAAUGCAUUGUUUACACUGUGUCAAUUAGUUUUCUAGUAACAACCUGUGACUUUGGUGGAACAGUCCCUUUUAACGUUAGCUAUUAAUAGGACAUUUUAUUGAUUGUUUGAAUGUUGAGGUGUAAUGCUAUGUAGGCCUAAAUCUACAUUUGUGUUAUUGAGCUGAUGCAGUAUAAUAUUUAUAUAAUUUCCCAGCAAAUUUUUACAUGACACAUUUGUGAUAUGGCUUUUAGUUUAAGUUGUUAACCAUUUAACUGUAAAUUGUUAAAUUAAUGUCAUAAACUUUAUCACAACACCAUGUUUGAGAUUGUAAUUGCAAGCAUAGUACUUAUAAUCAGAGUUAAUAUCAUUAUGCUACAGGCAGAUCAGUAAAUUAUCUGUAUUUCCAAGUAUUGUUUAAUUAUUGAGACAUAUUAUGUAACAGUUUAUCCAAUCUGAAGAGGAAAUAUAACAUUAAUAUUUGCAGUGCGAUGUUGGACUGAUUACAAUUGGAGUGUAUAUUAAUUGAUUCAACAACCAUACAUGAUUAAUUUGCUUUAAUAAUUCAAAAUAGUUUGCUCCAACAUUACAGUGCUGUGCAAUCACACCAAUAACUCUGUUAUUUUCCCCUCUUUAUCUCAGCCUGAAGAAGAAGCCAUACGAUGUCCUUGAAGCCGCGGGUGGUGGACUUUGAUGAAACAUGGAACAAGCUACUGACGACAAUCAAGGCUGUGGUGAUGCUUGAUUAUGUGGAGAGGGCCACAUGGAACGACAGAUUCUCGUAUCCUUUCUGUUUCAGCUCUACAGAAAAAUUGAAAAAUAGUUUGCCCAUUAUUUUGUAGUCUAAAAUGCCACUGAUCUGUGCUUACAUAGUCGAGACAUUAAAUCAAGCCAUUAAAUAAAGCCAAAGUUAACUUCAGCACAUUUUCAAGUUCACGUGUCACUUUUUAAAUAGAAAAUAAUGUCUGCAUGAUUUUCUUCCUCAGUGUUAUAGAUGAAUGUGUUUGACUCCUUUACUCUAAAAUCAGUGACAUCUAUGCUUUGUGUGUUGCUUACCCGGAGCCUCUGGGUGAAAAGUUGUACACAGAGACCAAGGUGUUCCUGGAGAACCAUGUCAGACAGUUGUACAAGGUAAAUACGAUGAAUCAUUUGUAUCAAUCAAGCUAUUGAUUUCACCUGAUUCAGACACAUUUCCCAUUGCUCAAUAUUGGAUAUCCUAAUUGCUCUAUUUGUUGGUUGUCUGCUUUUCAUUGAGGUGCCAAGGUAUUAAACUGAUUCUUUCUCUGUAAUUUCAGAAAGUUCUUGAGUCGGAGGAGAAGGUUUUAGUUAUGUACCACAGAUACUGGGAGGAGUAUAGCAAGGGAGCAGACUACAUGGAUUGCUUGUACAGGUAAUAUCCAUCAGCCUUUUUAUGAAUGUUUUGAUGACACCCCGACGAAUAGGAGAGCCAAUACACCAGGUUUGACUAAAUCUGAAAUAAUACAGCCCAUCUUAUAGGAGUUCAGUCUUACUGUAAGCCCUAGCUCUCCUAUUGUUUAGUGCCAGCAAACUUGUCUGUGUUUUGUAGGAGUUUGCCACAUAAAUGCAGUAUGAGGUGCAUGAGCACUGUAGAGGUCACUGUCCUUCCUGCUUCUCCCAUGGGCUCCCCAUAUUAUUGGCCAUUAAUGUUACCUUGAAACACUUAACUUUGAAGUGCCAACAACCAUUGACUGUUUCUGUGUGUGUCCUCUUUUCAUUUGAAAAUCAAUACCCCAUAGUGAGGUAUUGGAUCUAUUUUUACAAGUGCACUUGGGUGGGUAAUGUGUUUGUGUGUGUCGAAUCUGAUAGUACUGUAGUAGAGUACUGCUAUUGUGUAGCUGCCAGCACUUAUCACUCAGUCAUUUCUAGUUCCUGACCUACUCUGCCAUUGACACCUUAUAUAAAGAACACUGCCACUUCUACUAUUUAGGCUAAGCUACAUUUUCUCAGGUGCAGAUAUUUUAUAUUUCACAUUGGCAGAUGUUUUGGGAAAUUAAGACUUUGGCUACCUCACGCCACAGUGACAGCUUUAGAUAUCAUCAUUUUCUACAACAAGCUCAUCAAUUUCAGCGGUCAUUUAGCACGUUGUCAUCCCAUCAUUUUGUAUAAAUGAACUUGAGUUCAUAUCUCUUCUCGUCACUCUCCUGCUGAUUCUAGGUGGACAGCACAGCUGUGAAAACAACUUGUGGAAUGUAGGUAGUCUGAUGACUGCCAUCAGAGCCAGCAUGUAUGUGUGCUGGACAGUUUCUGUCUGCUAUCUCUCUGUGGCCUGAUUGGCCAACAUCCCAGGGCCUUUCACACACUAGUGAAUCUGAGUUAUGGGUCGCCCAUAGCGAGCUAGUCUUACCAAUACUUUGGUUGAACUCUAGAUAAAUAAGAGUUAUUAUCAAGUGUUAUUAUAUUAAUAUUAUGUUGUUUAAUGCGCUUUCUCUCCUCUCUUUCUAAUGUAGGUACCUCAACACACAGUUCAUCAAGAAGAACAAACUGACAGAGGCAGACUUGCAGUAUGGCUAUGGAGGGGUUGACAUGAACGAACCACUUAUGGAGAUAGGAGAGGUAAGUCUCAAUCAUAUCUCAUUACUUACAUUCUCCGUUAUUCAGUACAAAUGUCACAAUAUAUCAGUUUGCAUUUCUGAGUGCUGACAUACAAUAUGAUGUGCUCAUACAAUUAUCCUUACUGCCAUUUCAGCUAGCACUAGACAUGUGGAGGAAGCUGAUGAUCGAGCCCCUGCAAGCUGUCCUGAUCCGGAUGCUGCUGAAUGAAAUCAAAAAGUUGGUUCUUGUUUUAUACACUGCUCAAAAAAAUAAGGGGAACACUUAAACAACACAAUGUAACUCCAAGUCAAUCACACUUCUGUGAAAUCAAACUGUCCACUUAGGAAGCAACACUGAUUGACAAUACAUUUCACAUGCUGUUGUGCAAAUGGAAUAGACAACAGGUGGAAAUUAUAGGCAAUUAGCAAGACACCCCCAAUAAAGGACUGGUUUUGCAGGUGGUGACCACAGACCACUUCUCAGUUCCUAUGCUUCCUGGCUGAUGUUUUGGGCACUUUUGAAUGCUGGCGGUGCUUUCACUCUAGUGGUAGCAUGAGACGGAGUCUACAACCCACACAAGUGGCUCAGGUAGUGCAGCUCAUCCAGGAUGGCACAUCAAUGCGAUCUGUGGCAAGAAGGUUUGCUGUGUCUGUCAGCGUAGUGUCCAGAGCAUGGAGGCGCUACCAGGAGACAGGCCAGUACAUCAGGAGACGUGGAGGAGGCCGUAGGAGGGCAACAACCCAGCAGCAGGACUGCUACCUCCACCUUUGUGCAAGGAGGAGCAGGAGGAGCACUACCAGAGCCCUGCAAAAUGACCUCCAGCAGGCCACAAAUGUGCAUGUGUCUGCUCAAACGGUCAGAAACAGACUCCAUGAGGGUGGUAUGAGGGCCCGACGUCCACAGGUGGGGGUUGUGCUUACAGCCCAACACCGUGCAGGACGUUUGGCAUUUGCCAGAUAACACCAAGAUUGGCAAAUUCGCCACUGGCGCCCUGUGCUCUUCACAGAUGAAAGCAGGUUUACACUGAGCACGUGACAGAGUCUGGAAACGCAGUGGAGAACGUUCUGCUGCCUGCAACAUCCUCCAGCAUGACCGGUUUGGUGGUGGGUCAGUCAUGGUGUGGGGUGGCAUUUCUUUGGGGGGCCGCACAGCCCUCCAUGUGCUCGCCAGAGGUAGCCUGACUGCCAUUAGGUACCGAGAUGAGAUCCUCAGACCCCUUGUGAGACCAUAUGCUGGUGCGGUUGGCCCUGGGUUCCUCCUAAUGCAAGACAAUGCUAGACCUCAUGUGACUGGAGUGUGUCAGCAGUUCCUGCAAGAGGAAGGCAUUGAUGCUAUGGACUGGCCCGCCCGUUCCCCAGACCUGAAUCCAAUUGAGCACAUCUGGGACAUCAUGUCUCGCUCCAUCCACCAACGCCACGUUGCACCACAGACUGUCCAGGAGUUGGCAGAUGCUUUAGUCCAGGUCUGGGAGGAGAUCCCUCAGGAGACCAUCCGCCACCUCAUCAGGAGCAUGCCCAGGCGUUGUAGGGAGGUCAUACAGGCACGUGGAGGCCACACACACUACUGAGCCUCAAUUUGACUUGUUUUAAGGACAUUACAUCAAAGUUGGAUCAGCCUGUAGUGUGGUUUUCCACUUUAAUUUUGAGGGUGACUCCAAAUCCAGACCUCCAUGGGUUGAUACAUUUGAUUUCCAUUGAUCAUUUUUGUGAUUUUGUUGUCAGCACAUUCAACUAUGUAAAGAAAAAAGUAUUUAACAAGAUUAUUUCAUUCAUUCAGAUCUAGAAUGUGUUAUUUUAUUGUUCCCUUUAUUUUUUUGAGCAGUGUAUGUACAGUAGUUCUUGGUUCUGAUGUACAAUAUGAUUCAACAGGGCUAGCAUUGGAGGAGAAGCGCUUGAGGUGAAAUGCACAGUUCUCUUAUUUAGUGAUUUGUUAUUGUCAUAAUGACUCGGCCUGGAGUUUGGUUUCUGUGACGAUAAAGAAAUAACCUUUUGCUCUGUUCUGACAUGCAGUAUCUAUUGUUGUAGCAGGUUAAUCCAGUUCAGGAUAUUACUAGUAGGCUACUUAUUGAAAUGACAUUGAAAACCACAAGUCACCUUUUACUAUUUUAUUUAAAUUAUUUUACAAGACACAUGUAAAUGCCCAAUAGAAUUGGGAUCACCCCUAAUGGAGCUUGUUUUCCUCUCUUACAGUGACCGGUGUGGCGAGGACCCAAAUCAGAAAGUAAUCCAUGGGGUUAUCAACUCCUUUGUUCAUGUUGAACAGUACAAGAAAAAGUUCCCUCUCAAGGUGAGUAAGCAUCUGUCAUAUGUUGGUUUAAAUAUAUUUCUGGACAGUGGUAAUUUAUGUUUGCUCUGUAGCCUGUUUUCCCACGGUGAAUUAUUUCAUUUUAAGUUGUUAGCUUGGAGUCGAUAGUCUUGAAACUCGUUUUUUUAUAUAGCCACUAUGCCGUUGAAUAAUUGAUACUGUUCAUGCAUGCCUGUGUUAAUUAAUGUACAGUAUAUUGCAUGUCCAUGCCGAUGUGUGUGUCCUCUGAACUCACUCGUGGCUCACAUUCUUUUCUUGUGUUUCAGUUUUAUCAGGAAAUCUUCGAAGGGCCAUUUCUGACGAAAACUGGAGAGUAUUACAAACAGGAAGCCUCCAAUUUACUGCAAGAGUCAAACUGCUCACAGUAUAUGGAAAAGGUAAGAUGGCUGUAGGAAGUCCAACUAAUAGAGAUCCAUAGCUAUAUGAAUUAUAGCAUCUCUGGUCUAACUGCUCACAUUAGCUUAAUGGAAAAGGUAAGAUGUCUGCCGGACAGGUAGUGUAGUUCACUUCCUUGUUACCUGCUGCUCUCUGUUUUAUUCUUUGUACAUAGAAUCCAAGGGCUCUACUGCACUCUAUUGUGACCCUAAGAAAUACUGUUGUCUCAUUGGAAGCAUGUAGGAAAACCGUUGAUGUUCGGGUAUUAUAAAAUAUGAAUUCAGUUAAAUAGUGUGACUUGCCAUUGCUCAAAUGGAUAUUGUGUAUUUUGCUGUGUGUUUAUUGUGUUCUUGGUGUUAGUUUAUCAGAGGCUCGGUAACUCUUGGAGCAGCUGUACACAGUCAUUGCUCUGCUGUGAGUCUGAGGAGACCCAUGGAGCAACCAGCUGUAGCACCGUCAGAGUUGAAUCUGUGUAUUACUGUGUGACUGACUGACUCUAGUGCAAAGAGAUAACAGACAGUGUCUUACGUUAGCUAGCUAGCUCACAUCAUGGCUGCCGCCUAGUGUGUCUGAAAUGGCACCCUAUUCACUAUAAACUGUAGUCCACUACUUAUGGGCUCUGGGCAAAAGUCAUGCACUAUAUAGGGAUUAGGGUGCCAUUUGGGACUCUGCCUCUGUUCACGAGUGGACCUGUAAAUCAGUGCCAAUGAUCAGAUUGAUCUGAUAGCCCUUUAACCAGGAUAAACACCACUCUGGCUUUAAAAGGCAAUGGGGCAGUCGGCAGUGUGUAUGAGUGUCUGUCCAUCUGUUGUUGUGCUGAGCGUGACUGAAAUCCCUAUAAAUGGGAUAUGUGAUAUGCCUCGCUCGCUGCCCUGGCCUGCGGUUCAUAUGUCUAGACCAGCCUAACGCGAUCAAAACGUUUUAGAAAAGCCUGGCGGCAUUAGUGUUGCUUUAGCUGCUUUUAGCAACGCUAGUAUUUGCACACUAGCGUUGCUAGGAAUUGGCUUACAAAUAAACGUAAUAGUCUGCCGGAAGCCAAAGUUAAAUAACAUUUAAUUUAAACUUACUCUGCUGAUUGUCCGUAGGGUUGGUCCUAAUACAGGGGGGAAAUUGAUUAAAAUAAAACAUCUAAUAGAACAUAAAUGAAAGAUUUUCCAAACAUGCGUCUGUUGUAGACCCAAUUCCUCUCCACUUACCCCAUGUCAAAGUAAAAGUUCUGCAUGUGUGCCAUACCUGCACCAAAAAAAGCAGGAACUUGUGGGGGACUUUUAUUUUGACAUGAGGUAAGCAGAGAGGAACUGACCUCGCAGAGGAACUGCAUGGGUCUACAGCAGACCCACAUUUGGAAAUUCUGUUUAAUUAUACGUUCCAUUAAUGUUUUUUGGCAGUCAUUCAGCCCUAUUGGGCCUGGGACAGUUAGCGAGUAGCGUCUUUGACAUGCGCAUAAUUAACUGUAUUAAACAAAUUAAUCGAUCCAAUGUGUUCCCUUCCCUCCCUGACUCCACCUAGGUUUUAGGACGGUUGAAAGACGAGGAGGUGCGAUGUCGAAAGUACCUGCACCCCAGCUCCUACGCCAAAGUCAUCCACGAAUGCCAGCAGAGGAUGGUGGCGGACCACCUGCAGUUCCUCCAUGGGGAGUGUCAGAACAUCAUCCGCAAGGAGAAGAGAGACGGUCAGUCUGGUUACAGGAGUGACGGUCAGUUUGUUUGAUACUAAUAGAUCCAGGGGCUGGCUUAGACAGUCUAUUACUGUACUUAGCUGGUCAGUCUGUAUUUAAAUGGUCAGUCUGUAAGUUAGAUGGUCAGUCUGAAAGUUAAUUUCCAUCCCCAACUACAAAAUAUUCCGUCUAGAUAGAACUGCCAAAGGGGGCGGGGUUGCAAUCUACUGUAGAGAGAGCCUGCAGAGCUCUAUCAUACUAUCCAGGUCUGUGCCCAAACAGUUUGAGCUUCUACUUCUAAAAAUCCACCAGAAAUAAGUCUAUCACUCAGCCCCCAGCUGUGCCCUGGACACCAUAUGUGAAUUGAUUGCCCCCCCAUCUAUCCUCAGAGUUCGUACUGCUUGGUGACCUAAACUGGGAUAUGCUUAACACCCCGGCCGUCCUACAAUCUAAACUAGAUGCCCUCAAUCUCACACAAAUUAUCAAGGAACCUACCAGGUACAACCCUAAAUCCAUAAACAUGGGCACCCUCAUAGAUAUCAUCCUGACUAAUUUACCCUCUAAAUACACCUCCGCUGUCUUCAACCAGGAUCUCAGCGAUCAACUCAAAUCAAUCAAUCAAAUUUUAUGGUCACAGCGCCGAUACAACAGUGCAACUUACAGUGAAAGCUUACUACAGCCUAACAACAGUGGCCUUAUUUAACAAAAAGUAAGAAUAAACAACAAAAAAAAAAGUGUGGAUAAAAAGAGAAGAAGUAAAAUAAGGACAGUAGGGAGCUAUAAUACGUAGAAUAAAGUGACAGUAGGGAGGCUUAUAUACAGGGGGGUACCGUUGCUAGUCAUGUGCGGGGGCACCGGCUAUGAGGUAGUGAGGUAAUAGUAAUGUGGGUAAUUAAAGUGCAUGCACUUAACAAAAUUCAGUAAAACAGUAUGCCGCUGGAUCACCCCAACUUGAGGGCAUGCAAAAUCAUCUUUGCGUCUGCAUUAGCACGAACACGUCCGCGAUAUGCACUUUCAGGGAAGUCAGGAACUUAUAUAUAUAUAUAUGGGGCGGCAGGUAGCUUAGUGGGUAAGAGCGUUGUGCCAGUAACCGAAAGGUCGCUGGUUCUAAUCCCCGAGCCGACUAGGUGAAAAAUCUGUCGAUGUGCCCUUAAGCAAGGCACUUAACCCUAAUUGCUCCUGUAAGUCGCUCUGGAUAAGAGCGUCUGCUAAAUGACUUAAAGAAAAAAAAAAAAAAAAUAUAUAUAUAUAUAUAUAUAUAUAUAUAUAUAUAUAUAUAUAUAUAUAUAUAUAUAUAUAUAUAUAUAUAUAUAUAUAUAUAUAUAUACAGUGAGCUCCAUAAUUCAUUGGACAGUGACCAUUGUUUUGUUAUUUUGGUUCUGUACUCUAGCACUUUGAGUUUGAAAGGAAUCAAUGACAAUGAGCGUGAAGUGCAGACUGUCAGCUUUAAUUUGAGGGUAUUUUCGUACAUAUCGGAUGAACCGUUUAGAAAUGACAGCACCUUUUGUACAUGGUCCCCCCAUUUUAAGGUACUACAAGUAUUUGUUAAAUUGGCUUCACAGAUGUGUGUCGUUAGGCAGGUGUAUUCAUUUGUGUCGUUAGUGAAUGCAGGAGAGCUGUUGAUGAAUAGUAAUGAUUCUAGACGUUGCUAUUGCCUUUGGAGGUUGUUAUUGGGGUGUGACAACAUGAGGAAGACAGCAGUGUCGAUGCAAAUGAAGUUGGCCGUCAUAAGGCUCAGAAAUGAAAAUCAAUCAUUCAGGAACAUUGCAAAAACCCUGGCCAUGCCCAAGUCAACAGUUUUGUUCAUCAUUAACAAGAAAAAAACAACCGGUGAACUCAAUUAUGUCAAAAGACCCGGUAGACAGAGGAAGACCACUGUAGUGGAUGACCGGAGAAUACUCUCUAUGGUGAAGAAAAAACCCCUGAUAACAGCCCAACAGAUCAAAAACACUCUCCUGGAUGCAGGUGUAGAUGUGUCAAAGUCUACCAUACGCAGAAGACUACACCAGCAGGACUAAAGAGGGUACACUACAAGAUGCAAACCACUGAUAAGCCUGAAGAACAGAAAGGCAAGAUUACAGUUUGCUAAAAAGCACCUAAAAGAACCCCAAGAGUUCUGGAAAAAAAUAUUGUGGACAGAUGAGACAAAGAUUAACAUGUACCAGAGUGAUGGAAAGACAAAAGAGUGGAGAAAAAAAAAGAAAUGCCCAUGAUCCAAAGCAUACCACCUCAUCCAUGAAACAUGGUGGAGGGGGUGUUAUGGCUUGGGCCUGUAUGGCUGCCAGUGGAACAGGCUCACUUGUCUUCAUCGAUGAUGUGACUGCAGACAGAAGUAGAACAAUGAAUUCUGAAGUCUACAGAAAUAUUUUAUCUGCUCAGAUAAAACCAAAUGACUCCAAACUCAUUGGACGGCACUUAAUCACGCAACAAGACAAUGACCCUAAACAUACUGCUAGAGCAACAAAGGGGUUUUUGAUGGCCAAAAAGUGGAAAAACCUUGACUGGCCGAGUCAAUCACCAGAUCUGAAUCCAAUUAACGCUUUUACCUGCUAGCGAGGAGACUUAUCAAUAAGUCCCCGACAACAGGAACUGAGAUCUGCAUGUAAGCAACAGGUUACCCCCGUCUGGUGAGGAUGCCAUCGCAGACUGUCAACAUCCUUGCAUCAAGUUACAAAUAUUACUGCCAUGACUUUAUGUCAUUAAACGUCCAAUGAGUUUUGAUGCGCGAAAAUGGGGGGACAUGACAAAGCUUAAUUCGUGUUCAACCGAUCUGUGAAACCCUCAAAUUAAAGUCUGACAGUCUCACUUCACCUUUGUCAUUUAUCCUUCAAACUCAAGUGAACUAGAUUAAGAACCAAAAAUAAAGAAUGGUCAUGUGCCCAUAAUAUAUUGAGCUCCGUAUAUAUAUAUUUUUUUUAACCUUUAUUUAACCAGGUAAGCCGGUUGAAAACAAGUUCUCAUUUACAACUGCGACCUGGCCAAGAUAAAGUAAAGCAGUGCGAUUAAAAACAACACAGAGUUACAUAUGGGGUAAACAAAAUAAUAAAUUAGCAAAAUAAAUAACAAUAUGGGGAUGAGGUAGUUGGGUGGGCUAAUUUCAGAAUGGCUGUGUACGGGUGCAGUGAUCGGUAAGCUGCUCUGACAACUGAUGCUUAAAGUUAGUGAGGGAGAUAAGUCUCCAGCUUCAGAGAUUUUUGCAGUUCGUUCCAGUCAUUUGCAGCAGAGAACUGGAAGGAAUGGCGGCCAAAGGAGGUGGCCCUCACUACAUAUUCGUCGCCAAAUCCACUGGCUCCAGGUCAUCUAUAAAUCACUGCUAGGCAAAUCCCUGCCUUAUCCUUAGCUCAUUGGUCACCAUAGCAACACCCACCCGUAGUAUGCGCUCCAGCAGGUAUAUCUCACUGGUCAUCCCCAAAGCCAACACCUCCUUUGGCUGCCAUUCCUUCCAGUUCUCUGCUGCAAAUGACUGGAACGAACUGCAAAAAUCUCUGAAGCUGGAGACUCUUAUCUCCCUCACUAACUUUAAGCAUCAGUUGUCAGAGCAGCUUACCGAUCACUGCACCUGUACACAGCCAUUCUGAAAUUAUCCCACCCAACUACCUCAUCCCCAUAUUGUUAUUUAUUUUGCUCAUUUGCACCCCAGUAUCUCUAUUUGCACAUCAUCUUCUGCACAUCUAUCACUCCAGUGUUAAUACUAAAUUGUAAUUAUUUUGAACUAUGGCCUAUUUAUCGCCUUACCUCCAUAACUUACUACAUUUGCAGACACUGUAUAUAGAUUUUCUAUUGUGUUAUUGACUGUAUGUUUUUGUUUAUCCCAUGUGUAACUCUGUGUUGUUGUUUUUCUCACUGCUUUGCUUUAUCUUGGCCAGGUCGCAGUUGUAAAUGAGAACUUGUUCUCAACUGGCCUACCUGGUUAAAUAAAGGUGAAAUAACAUUUACAAAAAGUUAGAUGGUCAGUCUGCAGUUACACUGAACAAAAAUAUAAAUGCAACAGUUUCAUAUAAGAAAAUCAGUAAAUUGAAAUGCAUUAGGCCCUAAUCCAUGGAUUUUACAUCCCUGGGAAUACAGAAAUGCAUCUGUUGUUCACAUAUCUUUAAAAAAAGGUAGGGGCGUCGAUCAGAAAACCAGUCAGUAUCUGGUGUAACCACCAUUUGCCAUCUCCUUCGCUUAGAGUUGAUCAGGCUGUUGAUUGUGGCCAGUGGAAUGUUGUCCUACUCCUCUUCAAUGGCUGUGCGAAGUUGCUGGAUAUUGGCGGGAACUGGAACAUCCUGUUGUACAUGUCGAUCCAGAGCGUCACAAGCAUGCUCAAUGGGUGACAUGUCUGGUGAGUAUGCAGGCCAUGGAAGCCUCCAGGAAUUGUGCACAGAUCCUUGCAUUAUCAUGCUGAAACAUGAGGUGAUGGCGGCGGAUGAAUGGCACGACAAUGGGCCUCAGGAUCUCGUCACGGUAUUUCUGUGCAUUCAAAUUGCCAUCGAUAAAAUGUAAUUGUGUUCGUAGUCUGUAGCUUAUGCCUGCCCAUACCUUAACCCCACCGCCACCAGGGGGCACUCUGUUCACAAUGUUGACAUCAGCAAACCGCUCGCCAAACGACACCAUCUUCAUUCAUCUGUGAAGAGCACACAUCUCCAGCGUGCCAGUGGCCAUCAAAGGUGAGCAUUUGCCCACUGAAGUCAGUUACGACGCUGAACUGCAGUCAGGUCAAGCCCCUGGUGAGGACGACAAGCAUCCCUGAGACGGUUUCUGACAGUUUGCAGAAUUUCUUCGGUUGUGCAAACCCAUAGUUCCAUCAGCUGUCCGGGUGGCUGGUCUCAGACGAUCCCGCAGGUGAAGAAGCCGGAUGUGGAGGUCCUGGGCUGGCGUGGUUACACAUUGUCUGUGGUUGUGAGGCCGGUUGGACGUACUGCCAAAAUCUCUUUAACGCCUCGAUCACACUGACAGUGUCAUUUCAUUUUGGUACACCAGAAGUAUAUUCAUUUCCAAAGGAACGCUGCAUUUGCCUUGCAGCGUUGCAGAGGCAGUUGCAGUGCGUUCUGUAUGGUGCAUAUGUUGGAUUUAUCAAACGUAUGCGUCAAACUGUAUGCGUAGACGACUUGACAGAAAUAGUAGGUGAAUGUUGCACACAUAUCCAGAUGAUGCUGCAUACUAUUUUGCGCAAAACACUAUCAGUGUGAUCAAGGCGUAAAACAAUGUUGGAGGCGGCUUAUGGUAGAAAAGAUAACAUAAAAUUAUCUGCCAACCGCUCUAUUGGACAUUCCUGCAGUCAGCAUGCCAAUUGCACACUCCCUCAACUUGAGACAUCUGUGGCAUUGUGUUUUGUGACAAAACUGCAUAUUUUAUAGUGGCCUUUUAUUGACCCCAGCACAAGGUGCACCUGUGUAAUGAUCAUGCUGUUUAAUCAGCUUCUUUAUAUGCCACACCUGUCAGGUGGAUGGAUUAUCUUGGCAAAGGAGAAAUGCUCACUAACAGGGAUGUAAACAAAUGUGUGCACAACAUUUGAGAGAAAUAAGCUUUUUGUUCGUAUGGAAAAUCUCUGGGAUAUUUUAUUUCAGCUCAUGAAACAUGGGACCAACACUUUACAUGUUGCGUUUAUAAUUUAGUUCAGUGUAGAUGGGCAAUCUGUAGUUAGAUGGUCAGUCGGUAGCUACUAGCCUAUAGAUCCAAGGGCUGGCUUAAAGCCAGUGUUAAUUAAGCACAGGUCAUCCUAUCAUUGGCGAUUGAGCAGGCUCUAUUUGACCUGGCUGGCUAAAUCCCAUAUGGUUCCUUGACAUUGACUGACUCCCAUAUGUUUCUGGCCAUUACCAUAGCUAUUUGCUAUCAGAUUUCAAACCGAACGGAGAACAUCCAGCUGUGACUGUGAUCUCCAUAACACUCUCUCUCUCUCUUUCCCCCCUACAGACAUGGCUAACAUGUACACCCUGCUGCGAGCCGUGUCCAGUGGCUUACCUCACAUGAUCCAGGAGCUCCAGAUCCAUGUCCACGAUGAGGGCAUCCGAGCCACCAGUAACCUCUCUCAGGAAAACGUACGUCACAUCUCCACUUCCCCAUGUUAUCACUUUACAUUAUCAGUAUGCAUGAUAACAAAACAUACACAAACGUCAACUACAUCACACCUGCCCAGACCCACCUACUCACACUCCAUCUCCAGCGCCCGCAUCACUCUCCUCCUCAUGGCCUCAAACUGCACCAUUUAGUUUCUUUCCGUCGCCCACGCACUUUCAACAUUUUUAGAUAUUAAAGCAUUUGACCUUUCCAUUGUGUUAACUAUGGAGGAUUGGUUGAUUUCCAGUCUUUAAGUAUACAUUUUUUCAAGAUGAUUGACAAGAAAAGUAUAGUCUAACCCAUCGGUAUCUCACUGUACCCUCAUUUGCCAUGUCUUAUAAUACGCAGACAGACGUAUUACAUUGUAAUACUUCUGACAGCCAACUUUCAAACUCCAUCCAUAACUUCUAAGAGAUCGUCAGUUUCUCUGCAAGGUUUUUUAUAUCUUACCUAUCAUAUGAAUAUCCUUUUCUGACUCAGAUAUUUGAGUCAGAAUAUCAUUAUCAUAAACAUGAUAUGACAAGAAUAAGUCACCAGUAACCCUUCUCAGUCAGUCAUACAGUUGAAGUCAGAAGUUUACAUACACUUAAGUUGGAGUCAUUAAAACUAGUUUUUCAACCACUCCACAAAUGUCUUGUUAACAGACUAUAGUUUUGGCAAGUCGGUUAGGACUUCUACUUUGUGCAUGACACAAGUAAUUUUUACAACAAUUGUUUACAGACAUAUUAUUUCACUUAUAAUUCACUGUAUCACAAAUCCAGUGGGUCAGAAGUUUACAUACACUAAGUUGAUUGUGCCUUUAAACAUUGCUUUAGAAUCUUCUGAUAGGCUAAUUGACAUCAUUUGAGUCAAUUGGAGGUGUACCUGUGGAUGUAUUUCAAGGCCUACCUUCAAACUCAGUGCCUCUGUGCUUGACAUCAUGGGACAAUCAAAAGAAAUCAGCCAAGACCUCAGAAGUCUGGUUCAUCCUUGGGAGCAAUUUCCAAACGCCUGAAGGUACCACAUUCAUCUGUACAAACAAUAGUACUCAAGUAUAAACACCAUGGGACCACGCAGCCGUCAUUCUGCUCAGGAAGGAGACGCGUUCUGUCUCCUAGAGAUGAACGUACUUUGGUGCGAAAAGUGCAAAUCAAUCCCAGAACAACAGCAAAGGACCUUGUGAAGAUUCUGGAGGAAACAGGUACAAAAGUAUCUAUAUCCACAGUAAAACGAGUCCUAUAUCGACAUAACCUGAAAGGCCGCUCAGCAAGGAAGAAGCCACUGCUCCAAAACCGCCAUUAAAAAGCCAGACUACGGUUUGCAACUGCACAUGGGGACAAAGAUUGUACUUUUUGGAGAAAUGUCCUCUGGUCUGAUGAAACAAAAAUAGAACUGUUUGGCCAUAAUGACCAUCGUUAUGUUUGGAGGAAAAAGGGGGUGCCUUGCAAGCCGAAGAACACCAUCCCAACCGUGAAGCACAGGGGUGGCAGCAUCAUGCUGUGGGGGUGCUUUGCUGCAGGAGUGACUGGUGCACUUCACAAAAUAGAUGGCAUCAUAAGGUGGCAUCAAAAUUAUGUGGAUAUAUUGAAGCAACAUCUCAAGACAUCAGUCAGGAAGUUAAAGCUUGGUCGCAAAUGGGUCUUCCAAAUGGACAACGACCCCAAGCAUACUUCCAAAGUUGUGGCAAAAUGGCUUUAGGACAACAAAGUCAAGGUAUUGGAGUGGCCAUCACAAAGCCCUGACCUCAAUCCUGUAAAAAAUCUGUGGGCAGAACUGAAAAAGCGUGUGCGAGCAAGGAGGCCUACAAACUUGACUCAGUUACACCAGAUCUGUCAACGGGCUAAAAUUCACCCAAUUUAUUGUGGGAAGCUUGUGGAAGGCUACCUGAAACGUUUGACCCAAGUCAAACAAUUUAAAGGCAAUGCUACCAAAUACUAUAUGAGUGUAUGUAAACUUCUGACCCACUGAGAAUGUGAUGAAAGAAAUAAAAGCUGAAAUAAAUCAUUCUCUCUACUAUUAUUCUGACAUUUCACAUUCUUAAAAUAAAGUGGUGAUCCUAACUGACCUAAGACAGGGAAUCUUUACUAGGAUUAAAUGUCAGGAAUUGUGAAAAACUGAGUUUAAAUCUAUUUGGCUAAGGUGUAUGUAAACUUCCGACUUCAACUGUACAUGGGUUGUUUGGGGGGCUUAAAACACUAGCUAUACAUUAUCAAUAUGCAUCAUCAGAUUAUCAAUAACUCACAGCUAACACACACACACACACACACACAACCCUUUAAACACCCUAUGCUCCUUUUAAGACCCCUCUUUCAAAGUCUCUGAUUUCUUCUAGCCAUGGUAGUCAAAAUAAUGGGCAACUUGGCAUUUUUAUACAUGACCCUAAGCAUGAUGGGAUGUUAACUGCCACACCUGUGUUACCAUAUUUCUACAAUUUCUCUUCUUAAAAUUGGAUUUGAACCCUAACCUAACCCUAACUGUAAAUUUAAGACCAAAAAGCGAAUUUUUCUUUCAUAAAUGUUUGAUAUAGCCAAUUUUGACUUUGUGGCUGUGCUAUCUAGUGGAAACCAAGGACCUGCUUUCAAUAAACUUUGUAUCCCUCAUUUAGUGUUUCCUUUAUUUUGGCAGUUACCUGUAUCAGAUUAUAUCUCAAACAUAAUAUAACAGGCCACUGCUAAACCUCCUGUUGUUUUGUUUGGUUCCCUCCCCAGAUGCCAACCCUGUUUGUGGAGUCCGUGUUGGAGGUUCACAGUAAAUUCGUUCAGCUCAUUAACACAGUGCUGAAUGGGGAUCAGCACUUCAUGAGCGCGCUUGAUAAGGUAUUAACAUUAUGAAUCCCUGGCAGGCUUACAUGCAAAAUCAGAAUGUGAACGCUAUACAGUUAAUACCAGUAGGUGGCGCCAGUGAGAGGUGUUUCUCUUCACUAACAGAUUGUUCCUCACUCCCUGCGGGAAAUAAUCCAUAUUUUAUAUAUUAAGGCUCAUAAGUUAAAUCAUAACUGUUCAUGCUUGGUAUAAGUUGAUGUCUUGGCUGUAGAUGUAUUGAAACUGCUUAUGUAAAAUGACUGCCUUGUUUGAUCCUCCCCAGGCUUUGACUUCAGUGGUUAACCACAGGGAGCCCAAAUCCAUCUGCAAAGCACCUGAACUGGUGAGUGCGAGACUCAUUCAUGACACCUGAGGUUUGGAAGUGUUGUGGGGUUAUAAGAUAAGACCCUGGUAAUAGACAAAGCAAAAACCCUGGGUCUAGAUCUCUACUACUGUACGUUUAAAAAAAUAACAUUUGUUUUGUAGGCCAUAGUGAUGACUGACUGUGUUGUUUUGCCCUUUACCCAUGUAGCUCGCCAAGUAUUGUGACAAUCUGCUGAAGAAGUCUGCAAAGGGAAUGACAGAGAACGAGGUGGAAGACAAGCUGACCAGCUUCAUCACCGUGUUCAAGUACAUAGAUGACAAGGACGUUUUUCAAAAGGUAGCUGACAGACAGACCUGCAUUAGCGUCAUUAUCUCAAAUGACCAGGGAUAUUGACGAAUUUGAUAUUCGCUAAAAAGCAUUAACUGGAAGAAACAUUGGAGGCUGAGAUAAUGAAUUGAAGUCUUGUUUUCUUCUUAAUUAUGUUUCUUUUUCUCUCUCUCCCCCUCUCAUCUUUCUUUCGCACAGUUUUAUGCAAGAAUGUUAGCAAAGAGGUUAAUACACGGGCUGUCCUUGUCCAUGGACUCAGAAGAAGCCAUGAUCAACAAACUAAAGGUGAAAUAAGGCUCCUUUCAACUCUAUCAGGUGCCGUUCAAGGUCUUUUAUGCCUUUUCCAAGCCAGAAAGGCUCUUGACGUGUGGGCUAAUCUCCUGUUUCUGUAGCGUGAAGAACCUUGGCGUACAAGUACACUCCCUGGACAAGACGCUAACGGAAUUCCUAUAAUUCAUGCCAUAAUUAAGCAACACUCUUUAAACUGUCAGUUUUUCCCUUUUAAAAUACUAUUACACAUAACUCUCAAACCAACCCGUUAAAGCGGUGGUAUUCAAAGUCAAUGUUGCGACCUCUAGUCCAAUCGCAGGGGACUGCAGUGAAAAAAAUUAUUUAAAACGUUUUUCUUUUUAUUGAAUGGAACAAUAUACAAACGUUUUUUUAGAAAGAUUAUUUGAAAAAUAAAAUGUUAUUGAGUACAUUUAUUUUUUGGUUUAUUUUCAUUUUAAUAAGAGAUUAAAAUGUAAUGAAUUGAAGGUUAUUUGUUGAUGUAAAAAUAGAUUUUUUUUUACUUUUACUGUUGAAAAGCGAUAUCUCAAGUGUAAAGUACACACACUAAAUGGUAAAAAUAGUGUUUUUUUUUGACAAAACUGCAAACAAGAAGUAGGGCGUUCAAUUAAUUGGUCUGAUGGGAAUCCGUGAUGUCAUCGGCCUCCCCUUGCUUGAGGAACAAUAGAGGAACAAUAGAGAACAAAAGAGGAAAGGCCCCCACACUUCUCCCUGUCCCCUGUGUCACCCUGUGAACUCUCUCUCUCCCCCCUGCAGCAAGCGUGCGGCUACGAGUUCACAAGCAAGCUCCACAGAAUGUACACAGACAUGAGCGUCAGCGCAGACCUGAACAACAAAUUCAACAACUUCAUCAAGACCCAGGAAUCACCAGUCGAACUGGGAAUCAGCUUCCAGAUCUACGUAUUACAGGUGAGCGGUGGUUGUCACUAGGGCUGAGAAUUGCCAGGGACCUCACGAUAAGAUAUUAUCACCAUACUUACAGUAGGUGCUGACAGGAUAUGUGUUGUGAUUAUCACGAUUCUAUAUGUUUUGCGAUUCGGUACUGCGAUUUGAUGUUCCAAACGUAUUGCUCACCAUAUGUCUGCUGCAGAUGGACAAGAGAGCAUGAGAAAAUUAGUUUUGAUCAGUCAUGGAAAUAAAAGUGCUGAAAACAUGUUGGCUCACUAUUUAAAAAGAUGGAGAACAAGCUAUAUGAUGAAAAAUGCAGGUGUUUUAAAAUGUAUCAACCCCCCCCCCCCCCCCAUCACUAGUUGUUACUGUCACAUCAAAGAAUAUAAUAACUUUAUUUUUCCUGAGAGAGAACUUCUGCAGUGGUUGGUGGAGAUAUGCUUGGCAUACUUGAGGUUACACAUAUAACAGAGGACAGAGAGUGGACGAAUGACAACAUCAUAGCCAUGAGCAAUGGUAGAACCAAACUCCCUGCUAGGAAAGAAGUAUCCAAUGUGGUGUUUUUCCAAUAAAUUGGUUGUUGUGACAGUACAGUGAAAUAGGGUAAUAGGUUAAUUAUCUGUGUUUUUUAAAGAUUAGGCAACUUCACGCACGUUUGCUGUGAGAAGCUCAAUGGCAAUGGUGGUGGAGAUAUCUUACUGUGUGUUGUCUCGUUGCAGGCAGGAGCCUGGCCCCUGACACACGUCCCCUCCUCUACCUUUGCCAUCCCACAAGAGCUGGAGAAGAGUGUUCAGAUGGUGAGUAGUGGUUCAGGAGACGUGGUUGUUUGGAGAGGUUGUGCCCAUAGAGAGAUGACAGUAUCUUUCUGUGGUUGCUCCAAGAUUAAACAUGGCUGUUCAACAAAACUGCAGAUGUUAAAUUAUGUAAUUCUAUCAUGAUUGGUUUUCUCUACAGUUUGAGUUGUUCUAUAAUCAGCACUUCAGCGGGAGGAAGUUGACCUGGCUGCACUAUCUCUGCACAGGUACACACACACACACACACACACACACACACACACACACACACACACAGCAGAUAGUAGAAACCCAGUGAAAAAGAUGUGACAUUUUUAGUAGGCAGCAGUAGGGAAGACUGGGGUAAGUUGAGCCAAAGGGGAGAGUUGUUACUAGGAAACCAUACACAAAAUGUAAUCAUUUUACCAAAUAUUUAGGAAGGUCAACAUUUCAUGGAGUCUGUGAAGGAAGAAACCACAGGGAAAAAGUGGUAAGCAAGUUAGGUCCAAAAUACAGUCAAAUUAAUUUGUGUUAGAGGUUUCAAGAUGCUUGAAUCUAGGUAGAUCGUUUUAAGAUUGUUCUAUACAUCAGUUGGGGUCUCUAUAAGCUUCAAUAUGAGGUCCUAAACCUAGCAUGAACGUGCAUCCUUGUAGCUGUGUGGGCUAAUAUAGUCAAAAUGUUUGCCUUGGGGUAAAUUGAUCCAAUGGCAAGUUGAGCAAAUUGAAGUGUUUUCUUCCCAGGUGUAAUGGCACGUUGUCGCUGGGAUAUGAGGUAACCGUGUAAAAAAAAAAAAAAGAAGUGUUUGUUAGGGGUUAAACCUGUGCUAAAAGAUGUGUUUGGGAAAUAUAAUAUAUUUCAUUCAGUACAGACAUUUGUAGGCGGCUUAAUUUACCCUGUCCCGCAGCUCAACUUACAUUUAACAUUUUUACAUUUUAGUCAUUUAGCAGACGCUCUUAUCCAGAGCGACUCACAGUUAGUGAGUGCAUACAUAUUUUUUUUUUAUACUGGCCCUCUGUGGGAAUCGAACCCACAGUCUCCCGAGUGGCACAGUGGUCUAAGGCACUGCAUCGCAGUGCUAGCUGUGCCACUAGAGAUCCUGGUUCAAAUCCAGGCUCUGUCGUAGCCGGCCGUGACCGGGAGACCCAUGGGGCGGCGCGCAAUUGGCCCAGCGUCAUCCAGGGUAGGGGAGGGAAUGGCCGGCAGGGAUGUAGCUCAGUUGAUAGAGCAUGGCGUUUGCAACGCCAGGGUUGUGGGUUCGAUUCCCACAGGGGGUAUGAAAAAAAAAAUGAUGUAUGCACUAACUGUAAGUCGCUCUGGAUAAGAGCGUCUGCUAAAUGACUAAAAUGUAAAAUGUUGCAAACGCCAUGCUCUACCAACUGAGCUAUACGGGGCCAUACACGUGUAAGUUGUGCCAAGAGACCACUGUUUUUGGACAAGCUGUUUUCAAAACUGUAAUGUUUACAUGAAUUCUGAUUAUUUCCAGGGAUACACAACAUCCUGAAACAUAUUUAGAUAUCUUUGUUAGAAAGAAUAAUAUAUUUCCCUUGACGGAGUGAUGCUGAAUAUAAAAAAAAUGGCUCAACUUACCUCACUCUCCCCUACCUUAUGUUUCACUGAAACUGAAAUCACAUCCAUAGCUCAACAGGAGUAACAGGAUGAGACUUCCAUAGUCUGAAAUGGAUUGUGUCUGUAUGUACUGCAGGGUGUUUUAUCCCAAAUCAGUGUGACACUACUACAUGUCCAUGUUGGAGAGGUUCUGAUUCUACCCAACACUAACACUGAGCUGCACCUGGCACUACUACUACAUAAUCCAUGAAAUCACACAGCGCUAAGACUGUGAUGACUCCUUCAAACAUUACAACAGCAUAAAUUCUCCACACAAACACUGCAAUUACCGGAUUGGAACUAAAUCCCUGUGUGCGGUUACAAGAAUACCCAGAGAACACAGGAUUGGGGAUUGCUUUUGGCCGAUUUCUCCUUGGUUUUUCUUACAAGCUGUUAUCAAUAGGUGGUGUGGUGAAUAAGAUAGUGGUAUUGAUAUACAGCAUUGGUGAUGCUAAUGAUUGGCUCUCCUCUUCUUCAGGCGAGGUGAAGAUGAACUAUCUCUCCAAGCCCUACGUUGCCAUGGUGACCACAUACCAGAUGGCAGUGCUGCUGGCGUUCAACAACAGCGAGACGGUGUGUUACCAAACCAAAGUGUUUAGUGGAAAUGGACUAUCUUAACUGUGCCUUAACUAAGCACUAAACUAGCUCCUUAAGCACUCACUUAGCUCACUAUCGUAUCCUAACAGGUAGGCUACAAGGAGCUCCAGGACUCCACCCAGAUGAAUGAGAAAGAGCUUCAGAAGACCAUCAAGUCCCUGCUGGAUGUCAAGAUGCUCAACCACGACUCCCAAAAGGUCAGGGGUCAGGUGUCAGCAGCCACUGAGUUACCCGGAGAUCUGGAGUCAGCAGGGUCUUCUUUAUUGGUUAGGAGGAUUUAAAAGUAGCUCAUCUUGGCAUUUGUGUUAUUCCUCAGUCCUUUUGGAUACUCUCAUCAGUCAGCGGGUAACUCUUUUCUCAUCUUCAGGAGGAAAUCGAGGCAGAGUCCACAUUUUCACUAAAUAUGAGUUUCACCAGUAAAAGAACAAAGUUCAAGAUCACAACAUCAAUGCAGAAAGACACACCACAGGUACAGUACCCUAUAACCUUGAGAGCUCUGGAGCCAUCCCGCCCUGCAAACACCUCUGCUGUUGUCUGAAAGUGUCAAUAUAUCUGCCUCUGUGUAAAGCCCUAUUUCUGUGUUUCCAACCCUGCAGGAGAUGGAGCAGACAAGGAGUGCAGUGGACGAGGACCGCAAAAUGUAUUUACAAGCUGCUAUAGUGAGAAUCAUGAAGGCACGCAAAGUGCUCAGACACAACGCCCUCAUACAGGAGGUGAGUUUAAUAUCACCCACGUCCAACCAUGUACAGGGGAUCUACACACACAAGUUACUGUACAUGCACUGUACAGAGACACCUGGUACUGAGAUGCCAGUAUGAAACUGUAUGCACUCACUAACUGUAAGUGGCUCUGGAGAAGAGCGUCUGCUAAAUGACAAAAAUGUAAAUACUAGCCUGGUCCCAGAUCUGUUUGCGCUGUCUUGUCAAUGACCAUAGGAGUUGUCUACACAGCACCAGCAGAUCUGGGAACAGGCAGGGGAGAUACAGGUUAAGACAUGGGAAUGGAGAGAUCCAAGGGUUUCCCUGAGGGCAAAGGUCUGUCUUUCCCCUGCCAGAGGGAGUACGGUGUCCUCCCUGGUGUGGGUCUCUAACCUAUGGCUCUUCCUCCUGUGUUGAUGUUCUACUUUGUCAGGAGGGUGAAUUCCUUCCCUGAUGGUGAGAUGCUGUAUGCCAUCUGUGAGUCGAGAACACAGAACAGAGGGAUAUGUCAGGAUGGAAUGAGUGUCUCCCCUUAAGGAUGUUAGAACAUGCAUGCGGGCUGGAGAGAGAGCACCUUUCUCUGUCUCUGUCUCUCUCUCUCUGUCUCUUUCUCGGUCUCUGUCUCUCUCUCUCUCUCUCUCUCUCUCCAACCACUGUUUUUUUUUACCGUUUGUACUUUAAUGGUUCAAUAUUUUUUAUUUCAGUCGAAGCACAUAAUGAGGGCUUGCGUGACUGAUUUAGUGGCUUACCUUUCCCACCACAUACCUUUCCCUCCUUCGUUUGCGCAAUCAUGUACUGUUCCAUGCUCGGGACACCUCUCCAACCAUGGAGAGAUUGGACAUACCUGAGACGAUGGUUGCCUGGGGGCCAAGCUGUGAUGUGGUCUCCAACUCCUGCAUGUGUUGUUGUUGAUCUAUUAUCACUGCCUGCAUGACAUAAAUCCAGAUGGAGAUAGAUAACUGAGCACCACUCCAAUGGAGAUUCUGUAGCAAAUUGAAUGAAAGACGAGUGUAUCGGAGUGGCCUUUCAGUCGAGACUGGAUUUUUUUACACAUCCAGUAAACCUCACUCUAUGGCUUUACAGACACAAUUCCAUUGGGCACAGCUGUACUAUCGCAAGGAAAGGCAGUUGAGGUUUAUUGUUUUUGUUGAUAUCCAGCUGGAGAAAUAAACGGCAUGCUGCAAAAACAACAAAAUGGAUUCCAGAGGGAAUGUUCACUACAUUGUGGUCCUCUGUAGCUCAGCUGGUAGAGCACGGCGCUUGUAACGCCAAGGUAGUUGGUUCGAUCCCCGGGACCACCCAUACACAAAAAUGUAUGCACGCAUGACUGUAAGUCGCUUUGGAUAAAAGCGUCUGCUAAAUGGCAUAUUAUUAUUAUUAUUAUUAUUAUUAUUAUUUAAUGCAGCCUGUUAAUUUCUUUCUCUGUGUCUGUUUAUUUCUCCCCUCAGGUCAUCAACCAGUCCAAAGCCCGAUUUAACCCCAGUAUCAGCAUGAUCAAGAAGUGCAUCGAGGUGCUCAUCGACAAGCAGUACAUCGAGAGGAGCCAGAGCUCUGCAGACGAGUAUAGCUAUGUAGCGUAAUGGCGGAAUAAUGGUGUAUAAGGCCCCUACCCCAACCAACCAACAGCUGGUUAAGCAAAGAACGACAGAGACCAUUCUUCAUUUAUUUUUGGGCUGUCGCUGUCUCGCAUGCUCCUAUACGGAGGGAGGGAUGAAGCAGGUCUGUGUGCCUCCAUCUUGGAAACAAACAAAACGAUUCAACCCAGACAGCCACCGAGUCAUGACAUCCUCUGGCCCCCAUCCCCCCUCUUCUGAUUUUAUGCUGUUUACAACAUCACCAGUGCCACGCACCCAUUGCGUCAAUGGAAAAUGCCUGUAGGGAUCUGAGCGCAAAGCUGAUAAUACAUUUUUGGUCGACUUAACCGAAAACAAAAAAAGAAUGGGAAAAGAGCGAGUGAGCUGUAACAUUGAUGAAAAUGUUAGAGACUAGACGCGGAAAACCAUGCUUUCUUUUCUCACGUUUGCAGUUGUUUUUUCUUAAAUGUAUCGAAGUUAGAAAAAAAUAUUGUAAUAAAACCGGUAAACUGAUAAUUGUAUUUACUUUCAAAUGUAAAGAAAAAACAAAUUGAGGUGACAAACAUGAUCCUGCUGCUUGUCAAAUAAAAAAAUAAAAAGA